AUGCCCGACACGUCCAGCGUCGAGAAACGAAGCUUCGACAAUGCCCGCUUCACGUACUUUGUGGACGGUCUUGGGGCGUGCGGGCAGACGAACGUUGCCAGUGACUUUAUUGUUGCGCUGAACACUCAUCAAUGGGACGGUGGUUCGCAUUGUUUUGAGGCCAUCACCAUCACGUACAAUGGAAAAACCGCUACAGCUUCCAUUGCGGACGAGUGUCAAGAAUGUCCCGAAAACGCGCUCGACUUCUCCCAAGGUCUCUUCGAUUAUUUUGCGUCUGAAGAUGCCGGAACCAUAUACGGCUCCUGGAGUUAUGCCUCGGACACCGCCGCGACCUCGUCGUCUUCCGUCUGGACGCCUACUACCACUUCUACGUCCUCGACCUGGGUUGCCCCAACCACAUCCUCGACACCCACGCCUACGCCCACACCUACUCCGACAACCUCUUCCACUUGGAGCUCUAGCUCCUCAUGGUCCUCAAGCACCUGGUCCAGCAGCAGCAGCAGCAGCAGUAGCAGCUUCAGUUCCAGUUCCUCGUACUCCAGCAGCUCUGUCGUCUCGUCCAGUAGCGCGGCACCCUCAAGCAGCACAACGGACGCGGCCGCCGUCGCCACCGGCGUUGUAGCAUCGGGCAACAUUUAUUCCGCGAACAUGGCUCUCGUCCAGUUGGGAAUGUUUUUGGAAGACGUUGUCGCUGCAUCUUCGUAG